UUCCAGCCUGCGGUGUCACUCAACAAAAAUUGUGGACUAAGCAGUUACUCCAAACAUGUCAUUCACAACCGCGUAGGCUACUGAAAAUUCAUAUGUCUCUUGAAGCAUAGCCUUUGAUAUUUAGCUAGAUAUUGGUGCAGGAAGCUCUCUGAUGUUCAGCCAUGGAUGAAGAAGACAACCAGGAUGAGCUGAUCAACCGGAAUGCCUCCCACAGAAAAGAAAAAAGGCCUGCAGUAUGGGCAAUCUCAGAUGAAGACAGCGAUGAAGGUGGAGAGGAAUCUGAGGGAGCUUCUGACAGUGGUGAGGAGGAGGAAGACCUCGAUGGAGAGGAAGAUGAGGAGGAAGAAGAGGAGGAUGACAGUGAUGAUGGAGAAGAGGACGAUGUGGUGGAGGGUGCGGUGGGGGGAGCGUCUGCUGACUUGGCAGGUCUGAGCUCAGACGAGGACACUGAGAAAUGCCCCAUCUGCCUUAACUCCUUCCACAGCCAGCCCGUGGCCACGCCAGAGAGCUGCGAACACUACUUCUGCCUCGACUGCAUCCUCGAGUGGUCCAAGAAUGCAAACUCUUGUCCUGUGGACAGAAUAGUCUUCAAUAACAUCUACCUGAGAAAAUGUUAUGGUGGGAAAGUGCAGAAAAUGAUCACAGUGCAGAAACCAGUGAAGGAGGGCCAGGAGGAGGUGAUCGACCUUGAGCUGGAACAGACCAGCUGCGAGGUGUGUGGAGGGAGUGACCGUGAAGACUGCCUGCUGCUCUGUGACGGCUGUGAUGCUGGGUACCACAUGGAGUGCCUGACCCCCCCGCUGGAUGCUGUCCCUGUGGAGGAAUGGUUCUGCCCAGAGUGUCAAGCCAACAACCGCCGUUCAAGGGGUUCAGUGGAAGAGCAGAGCAACACGGAGAGUCUGAGCAGCGCCCGUCCCACAACCAGCCGCUCCCGCCUCCCUGCGGCAGGCCCCACCCGGGCCAUUGCCCGCACCCAGCAGAGUGAGAGGGUCCGCGCCAGUGUCAACCACCACCGAAUCACCCAGGCACGCAUUGCACAGAUCUCCCCCAGCUUUCUGAUGCCACAGACCACCUGGCUGGAUGAGACUAUCAACGCAGUGGUGGCUGGACUCAACACAGCUGUGUACAUACGGAACCUCACACCCCGCGUUCCAUCCAGUCGACGACGCAGGACAGUAAAGCGCAGGAAAGGCCAGAGUAAGAGGUCAUCGUCUGCCACGGGUGGUAAGGGCAAAGCUGCAGGUACCGGAGUGAGGAGGAGGAGGAAACGGCGAGUGAGAAGGACCAAGUCCAGAAGGAAACUGGUGGUGAAAAAGGAAGCUACGUCACGUGGUCGUAUAGCCCGUAGCCUAGGGAUAGGGAAGCCCAAACGGGGCUCGUCCCUUCCCUCUGUCUACCGGCCUUCAGAAACCACUCUGGGCAGUAUGAGGGCUGACAUAGGAGCUGCAUCGCUCUCUGUCUAUGGAGACCCCUACGAUCUGGACCCCUUCACUAGCAGGGAUGAUGAUGAGGAGGAGCAAGCCUCGGCCACGUCAUCACUGCUGGAGGCCAAGAGGCGUGGCUUGUCUCGCUCCGCACUCCUCUCGCACCAGCCUGUGGCUCGACCAAUCACUGCUGGCCUCUCUAGGUGGGGCCCGAGCCUUCCCCAGUUGGAGGAGGUGGCAGAGGUGGCCCCAGUGCCUGACCUGCUGGGCAGCAUCCUAUCAGGACAGAGCAUGCUUCUGAUGGACAGCUCAGACGUAGUCAUUAACAGAGAUGGAUCCCUCAAGGCUAACAAACCAGUGGGUUUGUCGUCAUCCAUGCCCGGCAGCAGUAGGAGCAGCAGCUCUGGUGAAUCAGUAGCCCAGCUCCACUCAGGGAUGUCCCCUACCACAGCAGCCAGCUCCCUUUGUCUCCCCAUUAAUGGAGACCUGGUAGCAGGACCCUGCCUGUCCCCUCUCACCCCUUCAUCCCCCCGCCCAGCCACUUAUCCACCUCCCAUCCUGAGUCACCCACACCCCCACGUCCCUGCCCCCUGUAGACCCAGCCCUAGUCCUGGACACAGCCACUGGGAGGACACCGGUGUACUACCCCCCCAUGGGACCCAGAGGGCUGCCACCUCCACUCCUACCCCAGACUCUCACUCCAGAGGUAGGGAGACGGUGCCACCACGGCCCCAGGCUAAGAAGGUCGCUGCUAAACCAGUAUGGGAAGCACCAGUAUCGGUGCUUCCCAGGAUACCAAGGAUAAAACGGGAGAGCGGUGGCCCGACGAAUGGCAACGCCAGCAGAGGGGGUAGUAGUGGUAGUAGUGGCAGUAGUAGUAGUAGCAGUGCUAAUGGUAGUGGUAGUAAUAGCUUCCCUGAUGCCUGUGUGAACAGCCUGGGUGGGAACAGGGGCAGGCAGCAAACUGUGGACCAGCAGCAGGGCAGGACAGAGGGACAGAGACCAGACAGAGCAGGCCCUUCCUCAGCCUUCUCCAGCUCCUUCUCCUCUUCGUUCUCCUCUUCUGAUUCUCCAUCUAACCCUGCCCGCACCUCUUCAUCAGCAUCAUCCACGGUGUGCUUCCGGAUCAACGCCAGCUCUGUCUGGCACGCCCGAAAGCUUAGCAACGCCUCUGCAAUUGUUGCCGCUGGCAACUGUCUAGAACCAGCGUCUGCGGACGAAGAGGAGGCGAAGAGUAAAAGAGAGGAGCGCAGGAACAAACAGAAUCCCCUGAUGUCCUCACACACACCAGUCAAAGAGGAGAAGGAAGAGGGGGAUAUAUAUGACCCCUUCCAUCCAACCGGCUCAGACAGCGAAGCAGAGAGCCAUGCUGGGGGGAAACCAACCAUGGUGCACAAGGAAGGUCCCAGCCAGCAGGUGAAGGAAGGUCCCAGCCAGCAGGUGAAGGAAGGUCCCAGCCAGCAGGUGAAGGAAGGUCCCAGCCAGCAGGUGAAGGAAGGUCCCAGCCAGCAGGUGAAGGAAGGUCCCAGCCAGCAGGUGAAGGAAGGUGCCAGCCAGCAGGUGAAGGAAGGUGCCAGCCAGCAGGUGAAGGAAGGUGCCAGCCAGCAGGUGAAGGAAGGUGCCAGCCAGCAGGUGAAGGAAGGUGCCAGCCAGCAGGUGAAGGAAGGUGCCAGCCAGCAGGUGAAGGAAGGUGCCAGCCAGCAGGUGAAGGAAGGUGCCAGCCAGCAGGUGAAGGAAGGUGCCAGCCAGCAGGUGAAGGAAGGUGCCAGCCAGCAGGUGAAGGAAGGUGCCAGCCAGCAGGUGAAGGAAGGUGCCAGCCAGCAGGUGAAGGAAGGUGCCAGCCAGCAGGUGAAGGAAGGUGCCAGCCAGCAGGUGAAGGAAGGUGCCAGCCAGCAGGUGAAAGCUGUGUCACUGGAGAGGGAUGAGGGCUCAGGAGAAGGUCUGGAGGUGAAGAGGGAGCUAGAGAACUCUGACACUGCAAAGCCUGGUCACAGCCCUCACAACGCACCCAGGUCUGUGAUGACUGGCACCAGCACACCUCUGUCCCAGAGCCAGGUCCAUCUGAAGAGGGAGAGGAAUGAGCCAGGGGGUGAGAAAGGGCAGUACAGCACGACUGGCAACAGUAGAGAGCCCCAGAACCAGCAGACUACUCCUUCCUCAUCCAGCUUAGCCUCCAGCCACCACAGAAACAGGAUGGUGAAGACUGAGAUAAAGUCAGAGCCCCAGGCCAGCCCCCCCAGGUCCCCAUCCAGGUCUAAAUCACACUCCAGGCCCUCAGGCCAGGGGAGCAAAACAUCCAAAGGCAGGGGGUCUUCCACAGAGCGGCGGUCUGCCUCAAACAGCCCGCAGGCCGGCAGGAGGGAAGACAAGGCCCCGGACCAGGCAGGGAGGAAGAGACGUUAUGAGGGGGGUAGGAGAGGAGACAAGGGGGGAGAGAGGAGUUCUAGGCGUUCGGGAUCAAGGGAGAGGAGAAGGACUCGUUCCCCGUCAGACAGUUCUACCUCUGAUAUCUCUGAGAGGUCUCGCAGGAAGAAGAGACGGUCUCCCUCCAAAGACAGGAGGCGCUCCAGGUCAUGGUCAGGCUCCAGCAGCAGAGAGCGGUCCAAGAGGAAAAAGCAGAAGAGAGGGAGCAGGGAGAGGAACGAGGGCAGAGGGAGUGAAAGAGAGAAGGGUCGCCCGUCAAAGGACAAGAAGCGUGAUUGCUCGCAGUCUCGCUCGCGUUCCCGUUCCAGGUCUAGGGAGAGGAGGAAAGACCACUUACGAUCACAACCAUCAUCCUCCAGAUCAAAGGACAGGGUUGAGGUGCGGUCGAAAGACAGGAAGAGGCCAAAGUCCAGGUCGCGGUCCAGAGAGAGGAGGAAAGAAGAGGGGUCACAGAGACCACCAGGGUCUUUCUCAACCACCACCUUCAAUAAGCUAGAAGAACAGAAAGAGAAGAAAAAGGUAAAAGUUCUCCCCCGUGUCCCUCUGAAAGAGGAGAGCGAGACUAAAGAAGAGAGAAAAGAGCGAGAGGUCAAACAGCAGAUGCUUUCCUCAGGACUCAAAUCUCUCUCUGUCCUCUCUGUCUCAGAGGUGAAAAAGGAGAGUGACAGCAAUGACAUUAGAACAGAGAGACUCGCCUCUCUCUCAACAAAACUACUCAAGGAGUCUAAGCUGCUCAAAGAGAUAAAAAAAGAGAAACCUGCCUUUGAUAUGUUGGAAGAAUCACUGGAUAGUAAACCAAUCAAAAAAGAAAAACCUCUGUCAACAUUCAGCACAGUCAAGGACUUGCAACAGCACAAGAAUAUCGAAAAAGAACACCCUUCCGCCCUCAUAAAGGAGGCGUGUGCCGUCUCCACAUCAGACAUAGCAGAUCAAAAAGAUCAGGCGUUAAAGGACACCAGCAAGACUGAGCCCAUCUGGCCUGAGCUGCCUCAACACCUAACCUCCAACAUCCCUGUUCCCCCCACCCAAACUGGCCAAUCCAGCCCAAGCUUCUCAACACUCAGCACACACCUUGUCCCUGCUCCUCCUCAGGCUGCUGAGAGUAUAGCCAGCCAGCAGGGGACCCCAUCCCUGAUUCCUCCAGUACCAGAGGCCCUCACAGAGACUCCUCCACUAGUCCAACCCAUCUCAGUGAACCCAGAGAAGCACGAGGUAGAGGAGCUUUCAGACGAUGACAUGGACGUGGACAUGAUGCUGGACAGCCUGGACUAUGUGAAGACGGAGCCAGGAGGAGAGAGUGGGGAGGCUGGGGUCAAACAGGAGAAGGAAGGAGAGGGGGAGGAGGGGAAGACUGAGGGAGAACCGGUGCCAGUCACGGCAGGUGCCAAGGCCAAACCCUCGGUGAAGAGGGUCACCUGGAACCUACAGGAGCCAGAGGGGCCACAGCCAGAGAAGACUGGCACUAAGCUGGCCCUCUACAAACUGAAGCUGAAACAGGAGGGAGCUCGCAGACCUGCCUCUUCCGCCCAGGCAUCCAGUCAGGAGGCUCCCUUGAAGGCUACGUCACUCACUGACCCCAAGGUCCAGAGCACCAAGAGGGGCAGUGUGUCCAUAACGCUCCCUAGUGCCACCUCCAGCUCCAGCAGCCUAACCACCGUAGCGCUGUCGAAACCUGGGCAGGGGGAACCCAACGAAGACCUGGGAGAGGAUGAUGUUUCUAGGAACGAUAAGUACAUAAAGAAGCUCCACAUGCAGGAGAGAGCCAUAGAGGAGGUGAAGCUGUCUAUCAAGCCGUUCUACCAGAAGAGAGACAUCACUAAGGACGAAUACAAGGAUAUCGUACGCAAGGCUGUCCAGAAGGUCUGCCAUAGUAAGAGCGGGGCGAUCAACCCAGUAAAAGUGGCCAACCUGGUCAAAGCCUACGUGGACAAAUACAAACACGCCAGGAAACAUAGGAAAGUAGAGGAUGGAGGGAAGACACAGGAGGCAGAAACAGAUAGAACAAAUGACCCAGAGACCCCAUGAGGACAUUCAUCCACAAGCCCUGGAGACUCAGCCAUUUUCACACUAAUUUGAUUAUUUCUGUUAUCAAAUUGUCACCGGUUGUUAAGGGACUCAAGGACUUUGAGAAAUAGUGCCUCCAGAUUGGCUAUUUUAUUCAUUGUUUUUGGGGAUUAUAAAGUUGUUACGUUCUGUUCAUAGUAAUUCACCAUCUCACAAAAUAAUGGAAGAGCCUUUUCGUUGAAAGUUGUGUAAAUAACUUAGUAGACCCAAUGUGGUCUUGCACUUUGAUUACCACCGAAUGACAAGCAUCUGUUUUUGAAUUGGAUUUGUUUCAAGAUUCACACAAGGACAGACCAUGUCCAUGCACUUUGUUUUCAUGGUCUAGCAUGGUCUACUCUUGGAGAGGUUACCACAGAGAUUCUGUCUUAAACAGACAACUCUGUCAGAGCCUUUCCAUCAAGAGAGGUUGAGGAAUAAUGUGAAUGAGCUAUUUCUACAGGCAAAAUGUCUGAGAAGAAGCAGUGCUGAUUUUUUUUUUUAAUUGUGUCUUUUGUAUGGGAGAGGGGUGUUUAUCUGUGGCAUGAGUCCUAAUUUUGUGGUGUCAAAGUCUAAUGCUGUCAUUGACAUAUUAGAAGAAGAAAAUAAUGCCACAGUGCAGAAAAAUACAUGUAUGCAAUUUUGUAGAGUAGGAAAGUUAUUUCUGAUUUUAGAUUUGGUGUAAAUAUAGAUUUUGGAUUCACUAUGUACGCCCUUCGAGUUGAGUUAGCUGCCUACUGGGUAUUCACAAAUGUAUACUGUGAAUGGUUCUGGAGGAAGUUUUUGUUUUUGUGAAUGUCUCUGUGCUAUGGGAUGUGGGUCCGAUGGAGUGCUGGUUGGCCAAACGGUACAGUUAGGCUCUUAAGUUGACCAGUUUCUCACAGCAGGAAAAUAGUCUUGUAGCAACAGGAAAUUUGAAUUACUGUGUGGAUUAUAACUAAAUACCAUUUUUGUAGGGGUUGAUACAUUUUUAGUUGGGGCAAAUCAAGCCUGAAAUUUUUAAGUGGAAAUAUCAAACUUUAGAAGCCUUUUUAAACCACGAAUACUCUUCAUGUUUGCAUUUCCUGCUGUGCCUUGAAAUGUCCUGCAACAACAGGGUGAUCAAGUUAAGAUCCUACAUCUGUAUGUGGCUACACAUAGUGGCUGUCCUCCUGAGUGGUGUUCAGAUUGAGUCAACGCUCCUCUGGUGUCUCUUGGCAGAAUACUCGAGAUAAGGGCACACAACUCAGACUUCCCAAAAAACAUGGUUGUUGAUAAAGUUUCUGUUAUGUGUGCAUUUUCUCAAAUUCAGACUAGGCCCAAAGUGUCUACUGGUUUUAAUUCUACUUUUACUUCAGCUAUUGACUAAGACAUAGGAAACUAGGUGAGACUUUAAUUAAUCAAUUGACAAGUAAUUUGCCAAGGAGGAAUGAAAACCUGCAGCCCUGGGGGACAGGAGUUUAAUACGUUUUAAAGCUGAGUGAAUUCUGUACCUUCACCAUUCUUUUCUGUUAUUUUACAGUUAUUUCAGAGUCAAGUGGCUAGUCCUGUUGUAUAUUGGUAUCAUAAGCUAUAUCAUAAGACAAAGCAGACAAUGCCUGUCUUGCAGCUUAAUGUUUGCAGUUAUUCACACUUGAUUAUGAACUCAACUAGUUGCUCACAUUUCCUUUAAAAGAUUGUCUGAUUAAAAAAGAAAAUGUUCCAAUUUGAAUAACAUUUGCAAAAACAAACUGAUUUUGUUUCGUUACUUACAAAUAUCACUAUACUUGUCAUGGGGAGUGUGUGCAUGGUUAAAUAGCUAACAGUCCGUAGUCAGGGCCAGGAUGUUUUUGAUGACUACAUGACCUGACUAUAAAAAAAAAACAAAGGCCCAAAGUGUUUCCUA